AAUCAUGAAAAUAUCGGCUUGAAAAAUAAAACAACGGUCGUUUCUCCAACAUGUUGACUUAUUUCUUGUUGUUUUUGCUAUCUGGAUAGAGUGUGAACGGUUUUAGGCCGUUGGAUGGGGCACCAUCGCUGAGGCCACCGAUUUUCCUGACACCUACGCAAGAUCUCCCUCCUCCCAAUACUCCUCCUCCUCCUCCUCGUCGUCCUACCCACUCCCCUGGAAAUAGCACUCCAAGAAGGCAAAGAAAUAAGGGGGGUCGUUCGCUUGUCAUCCUUCUUUGGGAGCGACGUCCAUUUUUUGAGCUCGCUCAGAUCAUUCCACAUUGACUCGGAUUCAUCGUCAUUCCCCGAUCCCUUCUCAAUGAGUUUCAACUUUGGUGUGUUUACGUACAGCGUCUGUGUUCAACUGAUAACAUUUCUACCACGAUAUAUGUACAUCAAAGGUGUGAGAAAAAUCGCUUGAAUAUGCCAAAAUUGAAACAAGUGCUGGAUUUGAGGCGAUCUUGUUUAUCUUAUUACGCUGCGUUCUUGCAUGGAACUUUCAAGACAGUGUCUUUGCAGCUGCGAAAGGAAAAGGUUCGCUUAAAAUUCGACAAGUUGAAGGCUUGGACCAAGGAACUCUUAGAACACUUGCCAUGGACCAUUCAAACCGAGCUUUUUGAGACCCUUGAGCUCAUUAUUCUAGCAGAAAAAGGUUACCUCGACGAUUCGUAUUACACAUUGCUAAGCUUGUUUCUUAACAGCGAAACUAGAUGCUUAUCCUUGAAGAACCCCAAACUCUUCCAAGACAGUUCUCUGGCUCUGGAAUCCUUUCUCGGAGGUCUUGGACAAUGCUCGAAGGUCAGAGAAUUUACCAUCACCAAGAAGGUAAUGGAAUUGGUGGAUUUCGAUGUCGUACCAAUCCUCAACCUGAUAGGAUAUUUUUCCGGACUAGAAAAGCUUGUACUCCAAGAACUGGAAGGAGUGGAAGAUUUAAACCGGGAUGCACUCGAUGAGCUUCUCAUUCAACUGAGCAUGAAUUCGCCCACGCUCAAACAUCUAGAUUUGUCUGGUGACCCUCUUAGUGAAUAUGCAUAUGCAGCUAUCGCCCAAAUGAAGAGCCUCCACAACCUCAGUUUGAAUCGAUGCAACUUGAAACUUAAGAGCCUCCUUCAAAUCAUGGAGAGUUUGGAAGCCCUCACUAGCUUGGAAUGUGAUCAUAAAAUCCAAGACUUGAUUCUUUCGCCCGACAACGAUGCCACUUUCACGCAUUCCAAGCUAGAAUCGAUUGCUUUGAACGGUGUUGAAGGACUGACCUUAGUGGCCGAGGGGUUUCCGUAUUUGAGGGAGAUAUCAGUGGAUUACCCCAACUUUGGCGAGCACUUUGAAGAACUUGACGAAGGCUUCAAGGCGCUAACACAAUGUGGCCUUUCACCCAUCAUCAAGUUAUCUUUUGAAUCCUUUAAUAUGCUCUAUUUCGUCCAGAUGGAAAACUUCCCUCUCUAUGGACAUCUUUUAAAAACGAUAAUCUUAACCCAAUGCCAAUUUCUUCACCCUCAAUCGCUUAAUCCUCUUUCGAGGCAUUGUCCCAAUUUGGAACAUCUAUCUUUAAUUGGAUGCUCUCCCAUAUCUAACGACAUGUUUGAAGGCGAACUACCUGACCUUGAGCGAGAACCAUUCCUAAAUCUCAAAGAAAUGUCCUAUGAAGGUUCCUUUCCUCCUCAUUUAGCUCACUUCUUGCUCAAAAGUUCCGAAUCAUUGGAAACUUUAAGACUUCACAUUCGUCAGGGGAUCUUUUCCUCGUCUAAUUUUGAGGUUUUGGCAGAAAAUCCCAGACAAAAGUUGCGAUCGUGUUUCAUUUCUUUUGAGCGAUGUCAAAUUGACUUUCUCUCUUCGCUGAAACGUUUCAUUUACGCUUCUCCAUUGUUGGAACGAUUAGAGAUCUUCACCCGUGACCAUACCAAGAAAACAACCCUCGAGCGAUUGCAAGCCGAAUUGAGAAGACACAACGUGGACCUCAACUUUUUGUUCCACACCCAACCCAAGCCAAGAUGUUAACCGUGAAAUGAAGGCUGUGAUAAACGGAUCAGGCUUUUUACCGUUUGGCGAGUCUACAAAUGAUCCAAAAUACUUAACAGUGCAUAACAGUCGAAAUAUAUUUAUACGAAGACCUUAAAUCUAACUGAGUGCCAAAGCGAAUAGGAAUACGAAUGUCUAAAGAUUGCCACGUUCUUGCUGUUCCAACUCGAUGCAUUCGAAGAGGGCCUUGAAGUUGCCGGCUCCAAAUCCUUGGUGGUUGUUUCUCUGAAUGAUUUCAAUGAAAACGGUGGGACGAUCUUGGAGAGGUUUGGUAAAUAUCUAUGAAUAAUGCCCGGAUGACGAUUAGUGGAUGUAAUUCGAUUAAAUGACAGCAUGCGCUUCCUUACUUGUAAGAGGUAACCGUCAUCGUCGUAAUCAAUGAGGAUCUUGAGCUUUUGGAGAGUCGAAAUGUCCUCCUUGACUUUGACCUUGGAAUGCUGAAGUCUUGUUCUGAGUUGUUCAUAAUAGGAAUUGGGAAUAUCCAGGAAUUCGGUUCCACGAGCUCUCAAAUUCUCAAUUGAUUUGAUGAUGUCAUUGGAUCUGAAUAAGUGAUCAAAUUUAGAAUUGAAACUCGUGGCUCUUUUCUGUCAAAUAAGCUAUACUUUACCUAAGAGCGAUAUGCUGAACUCCAGCCGAUCCAUAAUAGUCAAUGUACUCUUGGAUCUGAGACUUCUUUUUCCCAUCAGCAGGCUCGUUAAGAGGCAUCUUGAUGUUCUCCUCCCAAUUGGCCACAACAAUUGAUCUUAGAGACGAGUAUUCGGUGGUGAUUUGCUUGUCAUCCACGGACCAGAAACGAUGGAACAUCAAAUUCUGUUCGUACCUGAAAUUGGUCCACGGAAACGAUUUAAUCCCAUUUGAUUUCUAUGGGGAGUGCCGGCAAUGUUUGUUUCAAUUACCAUUUGGCCGCGUCCUCCAUUGACAAGUCCGGCUGGUUGCCCACAAUAUGAUCGAUGAAGAGUACCCCCACCUCUGGGAGGGUGGGACUCAGACAAUCCUUGAUUUUGGGAGCUCCAAAUCCAGGUAAGAAGAUUCCUUUAUAGUUGGAACGAUCCACGAAGGUGUGAGUGGUAUCGCCAUAAGUCUGAACUCGGGCGAACCUGACCUUGCCAUCUUUGUCUUCUUCCUCCCAAAUGUCCUUCACGAUCUUGACCCCCUUCUUUUUGGCCCUUUCAACGAUGGCCUCCAGAU